AUGAAGCGCAAGAUGAUCGAGGCAGACGAAGUGGACUGGAGCGAGGAAGCGACGCGCAACAAGAAGCAGAGCCGCAGCAGUUCACAGCGGCUUACCGAAGCUGGUGUUGUGGUUGCUUCUCUGGUGGAGAUGGUGUCCAAAGCCAACGAAGUAAGGACCGAGGAGGUCCGAGCACAGCAAGACAGCAACAUGCUUGCCCAGAAGAAGUUGGAACUGGAGGAAAGGCGAUACGAACUCGACAAGGCGGAGCGUGAGGCGCGUUUUGCGCUAGAUCGACGAGAAAGGGAGGCUCAGUUUAUUUUUGCAAGGAACUCUAUAAGUGUUAAAAUCGUUGGCGGCGAAGCAUUAAAGAUUGCAUUCUUGGUCAAAUGA